AUGUUGGGUUCGAUGUUAAUGUAUGUUGCAUUUCAUGUUAAUGUAUUUAGUACUAUUAUUCGGCUUCUUAAUCUCUGUAAUCGUUUUCGAUUAUUUGAUCAUUGUAUGUUACAUAAACCAACAUAUGUUGAAUCCGAUGAUGAACCAAUGAAUUAUUACUGUAUUGGUGUAAGAUGGUUUAAUCAAAUCAAUAGUGUAUCUGAUAAAGAGAUCUACGAGAAAAUAUUGUUAUAUUUUACAUUGUCCUAUGAAAUGUUAUUGAAUGAUAAUCGUAUACGUGAUUCUUUAUGGCCCUUACGUGGUCUUGGUUAUAUUUACUAUAAACUAGAUAAAUAUUUACAAUCUUAUGAUUAUUUUAAGAAUGCAUUGUCAAUAAUGAAGGAUGAUGACUUUAAUGUGGCUGCGUGUAACUGUUGCAUUGGACUGCUAUUUGAUGAAAUGAAACAAUUUGAUGAAGCGUUAAAAUAUUAUAAAAUUGUAUUAGAAAUGGAAGAUCGAACAUUUCCAAUAUUCGUUGCAGUUUGUUGUCUUCAAAUUGGCAGAGUGUUAGAGAAAGUACAACAGAAUUUCUGUCUAUCCAGAGAAUACUUUGAACGAGCAUUAAGUUUAUUUGAAAACAAGGUAUUUCCACGUGACUGCGUUAAUCUAGCAUUAAGUUCCGCUGUUAUUGGUAAUUGUUAUUAUUUCGCUGGUAAU